AGGCGGGUGUGUGCGGCCUCAGAGGUUGUGCCAUGGCGGAGCCUGUGAGGAAACCUGGUCCGCAGUCCCGAGGCGGCGGCGUCAGCCGAGGAGUUCGGGGCGGCCGGGGCAGCCGGGGCGGCCGGGUUCGCGACCAGCGGUCUCCAUCCCGGCGCGCUCUGGACUCAAUGCUUGUGGACUUGGUCAGUGACAGCGAUGAGGAUAUCCUGGAGGUCGUAACCGCGCGUGGUGCUGCGGACCCGGUUGAGGUUCCGCUCUCAGGCCCCCCAGUGCCGGCAGCUACCCGGGACGACAGCGACAGUGACAGUGAAAGGGCGGAGGCGGAGCCCUCAGGAUCUCCGCGGAAGCUGGUCAGGCGGCGGCGGCGGCGACUGCUGCUGGAACCAGGGGAGGCACCGGUGGUUCCUGUGUACUCUGGGAAGGUGAAAAGCAGCCUCCACCUUAUCCCAGAUCACCUAUCCCUCCUGAAGCUCUAUCCACCAGGGGCUGAGGAAGAGGUGGAUGUGACAGAUUCUAGCAGCCCCCAUCCUGAGGAUCCCCUAUUUCCAGGCUCUCCCUGGAGAAAGAAACUGAGGAGUAAAGAUGAAGAAGAAGAGAAGAAAAAGAAGGUGUUUAUGGAACAAGACAUCUCUCCAUUACCCGCACCUCCACCAAGGACCAAGAGCAGGAAGCAUACUCGGGCACUCCAGAAGUUAAGGGAGGUAAACAAGCGCCUCCAAGAUCUCCGUUCCUGUCUGAGCCCCAAGCAGCAGCAGGGCCAAGACCAUGAAAGCCCAGAGGAUGAGGUGGUCCUAGUGGAGGGCCCUCUCCUCUCAGAGACACCCCGACUCCUCCCACUCAAAAUCAGAUGCCGGGCUGACCUUGUCAGAUUGCCUGUCAGAAUGUCAGAGCCCCUGCAGAGUGUGGUGGACCACAUGGCCAGCCAUCUUGGGGUGUCCCCAAGCAGGAUCCUCUUGCUUUUUGGAGAGACAGAGCUAUCUCCCUCGGCCACCCCCAGGACUCUAAGACUUGGAGUGGCUGACAUCAUUGACUGUGUGGUGCUAGCAAGUUCUCCGGAGGCCACAGAGACAUCCCAGCAGCUUCAGCUCCGUGUGCAAGGAAAAGAGAAACACCAGAUGCUGGAGGUCUCACUGUCUCGAGAUUCUCCUCUCAAGACCCUCAUGUCCCACUACGAGGAGGUCAUGGGACUCUCAGGACACAAGCUCUCCUUCUUCUUCGAUGGGACAAAACUUUCAGGCAGGGAGCUGCCAACUGAUCUGGGCAUGGAAUCUGGGGACCUUAUUGAGGUCUGGGGCUGACCUCACCCUAGUUUGGAGGCCCAGCCUGGACUUGGGGAGAACAUUUCAUAGGGGUACCAGAAACUGAAUUAAAAUAUAGUUUUCAGCUAAAGCAAAAUCAAGGUGUGACCUUUGACUCCCUUUCCUGCUGACCCUAGUUUGAAGCCAUUAACUACUUGGUUAGUUGUGUGGUCAUAGUUGCUGCCCUGGGUGGCCUGACGCUCCAUCCUCAUGUUGUACUGAGUUUUAUAGCCCCCGUGACAUGGGGAACAUUAUUUACCCCUACUCUUCCACCUCCAUCAUCACCCUUUCCUACAUUGAAAUGUCCUUUCUUUGAAAUUCUGCUCAUAUUUAGAGAGUGAGUUGAAAUAAAUGAGGGUUGGGUGUGGGCUUCUAGGCCUGGACUUUAUGCCACAUCUAGGCCCAGCAGUGGCCUUAGUCUCAUUUAGGGUUUAAGAGUGAAGUUUGCUUGAGGCAUAUACACCAUUUGGUUCCUUGGCUUGCAGGAAAUAAAUGAUUACACACCCCAUUGGAUUAUGCAUAAUAAGCAGCAAUUGGGAUGCUCUUUUGAAGGAUAAAGGUAGGGGAGUCUUAGCCCUGGGUGUCUUCCUUGUCCCAAGGACCCUUUAAAGCCAUCCUUUCUAGUAUACUCUUCCAGGUGCAGACAUUUAAGACAUAGCUGAGCACAUUCAGCUGUUUUGACAUAUCUUUGAAUAUGAAUGUAUCCUUGUAAAUAUAGUGUUUUAGGUGUGAAUAUGUGCUUUCAAUGCACAUAGUGGUGGUGUGCAAUAGGUCUUGUAUUUUUACUCAAUGUGUGUUAAGAGCUAGCCCUGUUGCCUAUUCUAGAUAUGGGUCAUUACUUUAAACCUCUACGUGGUACUCCACAGUGGCACUGAUUGCAUUUUACACACAUUGCCUUAAGUAGUGGACACCUGGGUGCCUCCAAUUCCUUGGCACCAUAUACAAGGCCAUGAUAAACAUUCUUUUAUGUGUCCUCUGUGCUUGUAUGAAAAAUUCCCUGGCACACAUACCUAGGAUGGGAUUAUAGGUCAUACAGGUUAAUUUCUGUAUGGUUUUCCAAAUUUUUCUUUAGAAUAGUGAUUGACCCACUCAGGGCUUCCCAUUUCUCCUAAUUUUCUUACCAGCACUUGAUGUUGCCUAACUUUCUGAAUUUUGACAGACUGUUAGGUGUAAAGUAGUACUAUGUUUUAAUUUACAUUCAUCUGAUCACCAUUAAUUUGGGGAAUUUUUUUACCUAUCAGCCUUUCUGAUUUCUCUUUCUGUAACUUGCUCAUUUUCUCUUAGGGGCUUCCUGUCAUUUUUGGUUUAUUAUCAGGAGUUGCUCUUAUAAUCCUGGGCAAUUACAAAUAACUCUUUGUGUGUCUAGGGCUAUCCUUCACUGAACAGAAAUUCUUAAUUUUAGUAUAGAUAAAUUAUUUUGUCAUAAAGUUUGUUGCUUUUUGAUUUCUUAUUUAAAAGUUGUUAACAUGCCUAGUAUGACUUUUUUGUUAAAAAAGAAAAAAUAAUAAAAAGAUGUCAAGAUAUAUUACAAUUUCUUCUGUUAGCUUAAUAGUUUUCCCUUUCAUAUUGAGCCCGCUAAAUAGAGUUCAUGUCCAGCUGGUAUACCCGGUAUGGUGUAUAGUCUGGGAUCUGUUCUGAGCAGUCAAACGUUUGUUUUGUGUAGUUCAUGCCAGGCUGUACUGGUUGCUAAAUACUGAACAUCACUUUAAACUACUAGAAAUGCACCUUUGUAUAUGAGACCUAAGUUUUAUUUUUUAUCAUCUAAUGAGCCAGUUUUCUUAGGACUGUCUACUAAAAAAGCCAUUAAUCUUCCACAGAUGUGGCAUACUUUUAGCAAUAGUAUAUCAAUAUCUAAAAAAAGU